AUGUCCGUGUCUUUAUCCAAAUAUAGAGUGAUCUUUCAAUAUUUGAACCAAACGAUCAAAUUCAAGACAUCUAUCUUGGAAGACUCGUUUUGGCAUACGAUAGGAAUAAGUGUGGCAGGUAAAACGGUUGCUAUGACAACGGAUUGUUUGAAUGUGACAAACAAGAAAAUUGAAAGAGAUUUUCCGACCUUACUCUCAGUAAAAAAUAACACAUUUAGAAUUGGGAAAUGCGACUCGGACAGAUCUCUAUAUCAGGCAAGUUCUCCAGGUAUGUUAAAAGAUGUAAUAUUUGUACCAGAAGCCGAUGCUGCAUCACAAGCCUGUCCUCCACGACCACAACCCAACUACGAGUUGGACAAUAACAUUCCUAUGAUUCCAGGUAAACAAAUGUUUGGAAAUCCAUUCAGAAAAAAAAUCAUUGUGUUUUUUUUCUUUCCAGAUAUUCCGAUAAAGUCGUAUUGGCCACGUGGGUCGAUAUGCACGUGGAUGGACGUCGGUAACUUGGCGUUUGAUGUGUACAGUCAGAAACUUAAAGUAUGUGUAAACGGUAUUUGGCAAGAAGUCGAAGUAGACGCAGAUCGUCAUCGGCUUGAUUACGUCAUAGAAUAUCAGAUGAUUCCAUUAGACAGUCCGUCCAUUGAUGUCGAGAUAUUCCACCUGCCCGGAGAAGGAAUGUUCGCUGCCUUUGCUAAUAAUGGUAUAGUCCAUGAAGGUCAGGAUCCGACAGGAUAUUCCUCCAUCCUUUACUGGAAUGACGGAAAAUUUAAAUUUUAUCAAAAACUGGAGACUGAUUCAGCACAGUCAUGGGAAUUUUUUACCAUUGGAAACCAGUUUUUCCUUGCAGUUGCUAAUUAUGGGACCAGCAAUUCCAACUCUACCUACUCAACAAUAUUUAGGUGGCAUCGACGAAGGAAAAAAUUUAAAAAGCAUCAAAAAAUACUGACGUGGACCGCCCGCGAUUUUGAAUAUUUUCAAAUUGAUGGUGAACAUUAUCUGGCUGUUGCCAAUCACGCUAAAGGCGAUGAAAACGAAGUGGAGUCUUGUAUCUAUCAAUGGAAUAAAAUAUCGAGAUUAUUUGAAGAGUAUCAGAAGAUUACUACAACUGGGGCCUAUGAUUGGACUUAUUUCAAAGUAGACGGUUUCCACUUCCUUGCCGUGGCCAAUGCUUUUAAUGGCCUCACAACCCUCUUUUUCUCCAUACUGUAUUUCUGGCAAGGUGGCCAGUUCGUCCAAUUUCAGACCAUGGAGACAAAUGGUGCCACAGAUUGGGAGUGGUUCGUGAUAGAAAAUGACAUGUAUCUAGGUGUAGCAAACGCCUUCAAUUAUGGUCCCCAGAAUUUCCAGGAUAUAGACACCCAUUAUACCAAUUCUACCAUUUAUAAACUGAACACUGAGAAGCGGGUGUUUGAAAAAUACCAAUCGAUCCCCACGUAUAGUGCUAUAGAUUGGGAGUAUUUUGGGAUUGGAUCUGAUCACUACAUCAUAGUAUCGAACGCACAAAAUGGUGGUACGUUCGAGCAACAUACCAGUAUCAUUUAUCGGUGGCAGGGUAUGGAUAGAUUUGUACCCGUUCAUAAAAUGGCCACUCCACCAACAACCGAUUGGGAAAUUUUCACUCAAAACAAAGAUGUCUACCUCAUUUAUGCUAAUGCCAAUGACAAUACCUCUCAAGUUUUAAAAGUGAAAUUUCUUUGA